GACCUUUAUCAUACCCCAGCGACGCGUCACAACGCCAAUUCCACACCCUUACGAUAUCACUCGCGUUCCCACUCGGUGAACGCGUCACCACGGUUUCGAGGGGGCACGGAGGGCCUAGCUGCGCGAUCGCGAUCGCGCCGGUUACACGCUCAAGACAUUGCCUGUAACCAUGUUGCAGCUCCAAAGACUCGGGCAAUGGACACUGUAUCUACAUAUAACAAUAUAUACUGCGAGCUCGCAAGGUUUCGGGCCAAGCACGCCAGCCUAGACGCGGGGCGAACGGCUCGAAGGGCAGUUUUGCUUUAAUAAAUGCAUUGCUUUGAGAACUAUUAGUACGUAACCUACCGGGAACAACACUGAUUGCGACUAUAUCGAGACCCCAAACAAUUCGCAAAUUUGUUUUGCUCGGUCCUUACCUGACCACGACAAGAAUGCUGCACUGCUAUUUACAUGCGGCAAAGCUAGGAUACAAACAGCUCAGGCAUGGCGGGGCAGGGUGCUGGAGGCCGUAAACGGAGUCCGCACGCAUAUGGACCUUCGCGACGGUUUGCCCAGCGCGGAGGAUGUGGAUGCCACCAGCUUAUUGCUUGCUGCGUUUGAGGAGCAGCUGCCUGACCGGCUGCUCGGCAACGCCUUGGCGCUGCUGAAGCUCCUCCACGCUGUGGACACCUUCCCGCACGGCGGCCUGUAUGAAGGACCCUACGCCGCUGCAGCUGCGGAGCGCUACCGCCGCUACUGGCUGCCGCUGCUGCGCGUGUGCUGCUACGAGGGAGCACUCACGACCAGUCACACGGAGGCGGGGGGAAGUCACAGCCGCCACGGACACGGGCACGGACACGGGCAGGGGCCGGGCGGCGGCGGCGGCGGCGGCGGUAGCAGCAAUCCGCGCAAGCAGAGCUAUACUCGCGGCAGCAGUAGCCCCGGCCCGCAGCGGCAGCGCUCCACUUCCGUGAGGUCGAAGCAGGGCCCUGGCAGCGGCGGCGGCGGCACGGGCAGCCAGCGGCAGCGGCAGCAGAGCAACCGCAGCGGAAGUGGCGGCGGCGGCGGCGGGCCGCCGGGCGUGGCGUCGGGAAAGAGUUGGACGGCGGCGGUUGCAGCACUGGGCGGGAUGAAUGGGAUGGCGACGGCGACGGCGGCGGUGGUGGCGGCGGGUGCCAAGGCGGAGGCGGCGACGCUGGCGGGCGCCCGGGGUGGCGGCGGCGGCGGCGGGGCUCGUGGUGUGUCGACGGGCGGGGUGUUGUUGCGACUGCCGCAGCCGCCGCUGGACGUGGCGUGGAUGUGGUUCCUGCACCGGUGCCAGCCGGACGCGUACAGUCGCGACCUGGACGCAGCCUGCUCGCCGGAGCCGGGUGUGCUGUCCGCCGCUGACUGGGACGAGGCUGUGAGCCGCCUGCCGGAGGCGGGGCUCAUCACAGCCACACUCAGCUUCAGGAACGCCACACCGCCGCCCGCGCCGCCACACCGCACACAGGCGCUGUGGCAGCGGCUGUUUCAGGCCGCCCCGCAGCCCUACUGGCCGCCGCCGCAGCCCGGAUCACACGCAGACCUGGCGGCAGUGGCGGCCGGCGGCGGCGGCGGCGGCGGCGGCGCAGGAGGGCAGCAGCAGCAGCAGCAGCAGGCGGCUGUGGCGCCGGCUGUGCGGGCGUAUGAGGAGGCGUAUGGGAGCGAGUGCGCAGCCGAGGUGUCUGUGGACCUGCUGCCUCUGAGCCAGUGCCUGGGGGGCCUGCUGCACUCGCUGUUGAGGCCGGAGUACAGGCAGCGCGGCACCAUGCGCAGGGCGCGGAGCAGGUACGCGCGGUUUUGGGUGCUACAGCUGGUGCACGAUGAGGAGGUGCUACUGCCGGCCGCAGACAUGGCGCUGUUCUGGCUGGCGCACAUG